AGGGCCGUGGACAGCGACGUCACUGGAACGAGCCAACGGUCGAGACUACCGAGAAAAAGAGAGAGUGCUGACUCACUGCACUCACGGUCACGGACUAAGUUGGGGAAUAGCAAGUUGCCCAGAGCACUGUGGCUACAAGCCAGCAAAGAAGUGGUUGAAGGACAAAAGUUUGAGGAAAGUCACGAUGUUUCAUAUUGUUGUCUUUGACAACACAAAUGAGGUUGAAGUUGUGCCUUCAGUCUGGAUAGAAAAUGGAGAGUGCAUGUGGCCUCCAAAUAAAAUUGAUGUGGCAAAAGCUGUAAAAUCUCAAGAAUGUCCUGGAGAUGGAUGGAUGCCCCAUAAGGCCAGAAUUAUCUUCGCAUCACAUGACUACAAUGAAGCAAGGCUUAAACUACCUCAGGCUGUCGAUCACACUGACCUUGGAAGUGACGGAGGGGACUCGCCAAUUAAAUUUAAAAGAAAAAGAAUACGCAAGAAUAUUCUUUUCCCUGGGGAAGACGAUGAAGAGAUGGAAAGCACCCUGAAAGUCACAUUGCCCAAUGCUCCAAAGAUCCCUAGGCAGUACAAAACUCCUACAUUAAAGCCAGGGAAGCAAGGCCAGAACCUCCAGCCAAGUGGCAACAGCAGUCCUGACUUCCCACCAAGUGGCAACAGCAGUCCUGACUUCCCACCAAGUGGCAACAGCAGUCUUGAGCCAAGCCCAAGUCAGCACUCCUGUACUUCCAAGUUUCCUUCAAGCUGUCACACCAACACUGAGAACCGGACGCCGAGGCACGCCAGCACCGAGAGCCGCCGGACGCCGAGGCACGCCAGCACCGAGAGCCGCCGGACGCCGAGGCACACCGAACGAUCUAUACUCCCAUCAAGGCACCCCGAGGCACACCAGACCAGGGAGUAGACAUCCAGUCUGCAAACUUCCCUUCUGCGUAGUAUAUUAACAAAACAGGAAAUGAUGAUGGACCAACUGCGCAUCAUCUUUAAGACCCUACAGGGUAUGAAAGCGACUGAUGAGGCAGAGAUAGGCCUGGAUCGAAAUUUGUUGCCCGUCAAAGACGUCAGUUCUCUUCAGAACCUGGAGGAACAACUGCAGAGUAUUCCUGACCUCUACAAACAGUUGGUGAACACGCUGGCUCUCAAAGGGGGGACUGACAUUCGUGAGUGGAAUGAGAGGAAUAAAUGGAAAGAUUGGCUUUCAGCGCCUACAGAUAAGAGAUGUUGUGAUUGCUGCUGUGAGGCGUAACCGUCUGACAUCUGGGGCCACGGACCAAGAAAUAGAUUCCACCAUCAAAAGAUGGCUUCAUCUGGCUCCGGAUAGGGAUGGUGGCAGGAGGGAGAGGAUGAGGAGAUUGUUGAGUGUCAACACAGGAAAAGUUGUUGCUGUGGUUACAAUGAAUGGACGAUAUGAUCUCAGUAUGCCUGAGAUGAAAUGUGAGGCAUGCAAAGCCACAUGGAGCGCUGGAGUGGAUGACUUAGUCCGUAAUGCCUACUGGCCUGCUACCCUUCACUUUUUCACGGUGUACGCUACAGAUGUUUUUUGUUCUUAUGAAGAAUUGAAGAUGGCAGCACCAGGACUGUCCUGCCAAGCAUUCUUAAGAAUGCUUGAUCAACGAACUGUCCGCUUUGGCCGUACUGGGAAGAUCACAGCAGACAGCUUCACAAAAAGCUUUUUGGAGUGGGAGGCUGUUAGAUUUGAAGUGGAUAAGAUCUGCAGGGAGGAGCAUUUUAUCUGUCCUGCAUGCACCCCAGACAUGCUUGCUGUUUCUGUGGAUGGAAAUCGCAAGCACUACCGCUUUAAGAACACAGCAAGAUCUGAAGAACAAGCCUUAUUUGAUGGCAUCUUCAUUGCAAAAGAUGAUGAAGUAGAAAGAUUUGUGGAUUACAUUCAUUCCAACACCAACCAUGUCUCUGGAAGAGGUGUCUGUGGAGGGGAGUGGUCAGCUGCCAGGGAAACUUCUCAGAGAUCCUCUAGUAAAAUUGAUGAGGAGGGACUUGAGCUUGCGGUCUGUCGACAUGGAGUUUUUCUCGGCGCUCUCAACAUGUUCAGGGGAGAAAUAUAUGCUUAUCCCCUCUACCUGCAGAACAAGCUGGCAAAUAAGUCAAUAAGCUUUUUUGCCAUGGAUGUAACCUGCAAGUACUGGCCCUACCUCCACAAAGUGACAAAAAGCUGCCAGGAGCUCCAGCACCUUCUGAGCAUGAAACCAUUCCUCUCAGUGUUUCAUGCCAAAGCCCAUGAUUUUAAAUGCGAGGUUAAAUGGAGUGGAGCUUACCAGCAAGGGGCCGGAUUGACACUUGGGGGAGGAGGUUGAGCAGUGUAACGCCUUCCUCUCUAGGAUUGCUGUGACCACAAAGCACAUGUCCAAAGCAGGAUGUACAGACAUGCUUACACUGAUGGCCAUGCGCUGGAAUCAGCAAAAGUUUAAUAACUUGGCUGCUUCACUUGUCUGCCGAUAUCAGAAGGAUCUGGAAAGCAUGAAAAUCCAGCUGGCAGUGACACAGGUUAAAGUUGAGGGCUGGGUCACUGAUUGGAGGAGUGGGCAGAAGCAACAACAUCCCAAAAGAAUGCCGAUCUUGACGCGUGACCAGUAGAAUGGAGGUGCUGGUGGCCAGCAUUAAAAGAAGGUCCCAGCGCCUUUACAAAGACACCGAUGGCAGCAAAGGUCGG